UUUGCGCGGCGCGGCCAAGACCCGCGCUGGUGCCGCUCUCCUCCUCUCGACCCCUCGGGGGGCGGGGCUUUCCACUCUGGCCCUGGGGCUUAGUGGGCGUGGGCUUCGUGAGCAGAUCAGAUGGCGCCGUAGGUUCCUCCAGCCGAAUCCGGCAGAAGCUCCUCCUUCGGUGCCUCGGCUCCCAAUCCCUUCCGCCGGCCACCCCCUUCCUCUCCAGUCGCUCCUUUUCUCUGCAUCUAGCCAGGCUCCGCCUCCGCACUCCUCCCCUUGGAUCUCCGCGGCGCGCUCCCCGGCUUCCAGAGGGGCUACCCGGGAGGGGCAGCACGGCGCGGCUAGGCGGCGGCGUGGGGAAGGGAGAGGAGAGCACGUCCAGCGAGCGGUGAGCGAGCGGGCAGGCCAGCCGCGCGGCGCGAGGGAGGAGGCUCGCCCCCCGCCCGGCCGGAGCGGAGCCUUUUGUUCCCAGCCAGAAGUUUGCAGGCCGGGACCGUGACAGCUGCGGGCGGGGAGGACAGCGGGGGCGCGGGGCCGGCGGCGACGGUGGAGCUGAACAGAGGCGGCUGCUUGACAUGCAGCCCACAGCGCGGCGGCUGCGGGCAGGAGACUGGCGGCGGCGGGGGAGGCGGCGCCCACAGCAUACGGGACUCAACUGCCGGAGGGACAAACUAAGUUCCUGAGCGCGGGACCCGAGGCCGGAGCGGCCGGGAGCCACCCGCCAGCCUGCGGUGAGGCGACCCUGGCCCCUAGGGCACGCAGCAUGGCUCACAGGAGCGGGCCUCACUGAGACACACCGUCUAUCACUGUUGCAGCCUGCCCGCCUUCUGGAAGGCCCGGCACGGUUUCCAUUAGCGGUGUUUUGUGGCCAUAGCGCAGGGCCGGCCUGGGAGCCACAACAAUGCCAUGAUGUUUUGGAGACAGGAAGCCUCAAUCUGGCCCAGAAUGAAGGACUUCCUGUGUCUAAAGUUGCAGGAAUAUCCGCUGACCAGCCCAGUUCAAAUUCAAACACCCGAACUAGGGAGGACGAAUGGCUAAUUCAGACCAGCUGGACUCUCGAGGGCUGGAAUUGAGGAUUAAAUGAAAGGAAUUCUUAGGAUCUUAGGCCAUAAAUGAAGACUUGAGAUGCUGUGCCAUUGUUAUUAAAGGACACAUCGGUAUAAAUUUACUGCUUCCAAUUCUGCUUCAGUGAGAAGUGCUUGGAAAUAGAUACUAUAUAAGACUUGUCAAUAUCAGGUGAUUUUUGCUGACUGAAUUAGAAAGGGCAGAACUCUUAAAAAAAAAAAAAUGAAAUAAAACCAGAAGCCAUACAAGGAAUUACUUUGUUGAUUAAAUUAUACCAUUCAUCUGCCUGCAACUAUGAGGCUGCCAGCCUGUGAGGGAAAAGCUGAACGUCUUAGAGCUUCUCCCAAAAUGGUUUCAAAGUGGGACUUCCAGGCCUUUCUGGAGGGCAGAUGCAGUUGGUGGUUUGGAAUAUGAACUUGUAAAAGGAUUUUUAACUUACGCAGAAUGCAUUUUGGGGGAACCUGUGAAAAGACUUUUAAAAGGUUGCUGGUUCAUCUUGACUGAAAAGUAUGGGUAAGCCACUAAGCCGGCCAGACUGUUUAAGGCAGAACCCCACCUGCUUGGGGAAAGGUGAAGAAGAGGAUGGCUAUAUAGAGGAUUGCUAUGUUCCACAACGGUCUAUAUAUGAUACGAUGAGAAUAAAUGAACAAAUUGACCAGGGGUCAAAACUUAAUCAGACUUCAAAAAGUACCAUGGAAAAAAUGGAAGGAAGUACUAUAUCCAGCAAUGGUACGUUAGGAGCAGCGUCUAAUGUUUUCGAACCUAGGGCACCAGAAGGCAAAAAGCUGGAUGAGAGAAUAAUAUUUGAUGCACUUAAGCUAAGCAGUGAUAUGCAGAAGUCAGCACCUGUGCCACCCAGAAGGCGGCCAAAUGCAGAACGCAAAGACAAUGUUAAUAGGAGAUCAUGGAAGUCCUUCAUGCCACCCAACUUCCCAGAAUUUGCAGAAAGGAUGGAAGUUUCUCUCAGUGAGGUUUCAGAAGCUGGUGCUUCAAAUCCUUCCUUGCAAGAGAAGAGGGGAUCCAGUUCUGUAUUAACAGAAAGUUCUGGCCAUUUGGACCACAGGGAACCUCAGUCAAAGUCAGUAACUCUAGAACGUGUGUCUAAAUCCAUAGGCAUCCCAGAAGUGCAAGAUGUGAAAAACUUGAGUGAAGACUGCCAGGACCUCAGAUUUCAGCAGCACAGUGAGAGUUCUCCCAAUGAAUUCCAGCCUCUAGAAUCAGAGGCUGCAGUAGCAAGUGGUCACACAGAUGUAAUGCAGGAACACAGAUUCUCAAGUGCAACCUGGCCCAGGGCCAUGAAAAGUUUGGCUAAGAGAGGCUUCAGCGAGCAGCAGCACCCACUUGGGGAUGCAGCCUUCACUGUGGAAAUACCACUUCUCUCCCCUUGCCUGAGUGAAGAACUCUUGGAUCCAGAAUUGCGUAUUCUCAUAACUCCCAGCCUGAGAGAGAAAACAGAGUCUGAGCUAAAGUUUGAGGAGGAUGAGCGAUGGAUCAUGAUGGAGGCUGAGGAGGAGUGGGAGGAAGAGAAACUGUCAGAGAGAGGAAAGACUUUUCUAAUGGUAGAUGAGAAAAAGAACAACCUUGCACAUAUUUUUGAAGAAAGGGAACAAGCAAACCCUGUAGCAGUGGUGGAAGAGGGAGCUGAUUGCUCACCUGCUGUUUUGGGGACUUUUGACUGCCUAGCUCUUGGUCAGAUUUGUUGCUCUGGUGACUCUCAGCCAGCUAAGGACCAUUUUGCUUCCCUUCCCAAGGAUACACCACUUGAUUGCAUUUGUGUUCUCACAGAUGUGGAUGCUGCAGGUGAGAUGAGAAACAGAAAUGCUCAAGGGCUAGGAGGUCUUGUUUCAGAUUUAGAAUGUAUUGUUGGUUCUGUCAAUGCAGAACAGCUUUCUGAUACAGAUUCAGUGCAGAUGUUUCUUGAACUUGAAAAGGAAUGUUUAUGUGAAGAAGAAAUAACUCCUCUAGUUGAUCUGAAGAAUCCCGUCUCUUUUGAAGGGUUGGCCCCGUCCCAGGAUGCAGAAAAUUCACUUGUAACUAGUCAUUUUCCAGAGACUGCCUUAGAAAAGGAACAGCAUGUAGACCUUUUAAAUCUAGAGCGAAAGGAUUAUGAUAUUGGAUUGGAUUGUGAAUGCUUUAAUGCCCUGGUUUUUUCUCAGGUGCCUAAUACCGUGGAACUUAUUGCCCACCCUGAUAUCACAAGGGACACUUCCACUGUUAGCAAGGAGGAGUGUGAAAAAGUGCCUUUUAGCCCCAAGACUACAGGGGAAUUUAAGUUCAGACACCCAGUUGAUCUGGAGUCACUGGGAGAGUUGGACCCAGAAGGGUUGCCGAACUCUUAUCACAGGGCUUCUCAUGAAGAAAAUGUAUCAGGCUUUAUUGCUUCUGAGCUGGCCAAAGAAAAUGGCAGUUUGUCCCAGGUAGACUGCAGUCCAAUUGAGGGGAGUGUUGAGGACUGUGUUGAGAGGGUCCCCCUCAGUUCUCCUUUUGACUGUGAACUAGAUGUUACCUCAGGGCCUGAAGUAGAAGUGUUACCAUAUGAUUCACAUUUACUAACAGGUGAGAUUCAUUUGGAAAGUGAGAAAGGAGCUAUUAAUCAAGAAAAUAAUAGUCUGACUUCCUUGGUAAACAUGGACCCUUGUGAAUUUUUGUCCAUGGAUAGCGAACAGGUUUGUGAUGAGGAUGGUAAGCUGAAAGAGCUGGAUUAUGAAGCCAAGCUUUUGGAGAGUCGAUCCCCAGCAUAUUUUCAUAGAGACUUCCCAGAACAGGUCUCCCUGACUGUUGGGAGGAAGUCCUCGGAGUCAGAAAGUCUGAGUUUGCACCUGCUGGUUGGCAGAGAUGGAAUGAAAACUGUGAAUAAUAUCAAGCCUAAGCUGAAUAUGGCAUCGUCGGAGGGAGGUGAGAUGGAAACGAGAGGCUCAGAUUCAUUGCUAAAUAUCUUUCCAGAAGAACAAGUUACCAGGGCUAAUAAUAUUGUAUCAAUUUUGGAAGAAGGGGUGCCCAUCCCACAGAGGCCUGUCCCAACUGCUACAGUGACCACUGUAGAGGAAGAUGUCCUAGAUGCUGCAGUGCCUGCCCCAGAGGGGCCUGCUGCCUCAGCUGCUAUGGUGUCUGCCCCAGAAGGGGCUGCUGCAGCUGUUAUAGUGCCUUCCCCAGAGGAAACUGCUUCAGUGGCCACCAUAGCAGACCAAGUCCCAGCUGCUUCAGUGGCCAUUCUAGAGGAGGAUGUCCCAGCGCCUGCAGUACCUGCCCCCAAAGGGGCUGAUGCAUCCCCUGCAGUACCUGCCUCAGGGGAAGAUGUCUUAGCUGCUUCAGUGGUCACCAUAGAGGAGCAUGCAUCAGAUACCCCAGUACCUGCCCCAGAAGGGGCUGUUGCAGCUGCUGCAGUGCCUGCCCAGGAGGAAGAUGUACCAGCUGCUUCAGGGGUCAUGAUAGAGGAGAUGAUCCCUGCUGCUUCAGUGGCCACCAUAGAAGUACAUGUCCCAGCUGCUUCAGUGGUUACCAUGGAGGAGGUAUGUGCCCCAGAGGGGGCUGCUCUAGCUCUUACAAUGCCUGCUCCAGAGGGUGCUGCCCCAGUUGCUGCUGUUCCUGCCCCAGAAGGGACUGCUCCAGCUGUUGCAGUGCCCACCACAGAGGAGGAUAGCACCCCAGAGGAGCCUCCUACCCCAGCUGCUGCAGUUUUUACUCCAGAAGAGCCUGCCACCCCAGCUGCUGCAGUGCAUACUCCAGAGGAGUCUGCUGCCCCAGCUGUUGGGGUGCCUACUCCAGAGGGACGUGCCAUCCCCCCAGCUGUCGGAGUGCCCACCCCAGAGGGAGAUGCUGCUCCAGCUGCUACUGUACCUGCUAUUGAAGAAGUUUUUCCCACUGGAGUACCCUUCUUGGGAGAUAUCCAUGCUGAUUCAGUGCCUAUCUCAAAAGAGGGGACUCCUGUUUUGGAGAAGGACCUUGACCCUUCAGCAUUUGGAAUAAAAGAAGUGACUGGCACAGUGUUACAUGGGGACGUGCCUCUGGCUGCAGUUUAUGGAUUAAGUUCACAUGAGGUAAUGAUUGUUCAUUUUGUUGUGGGGGUGGGGAAAGUCUGGAGAAGAAAGAGAUUUGCAAGUUCUCUGACUUGGUGA